AUGGCUAACUCCAAGCUACAUCAACAACCCCCUUUCAGGGCCGAGCAUUUGGGCUCUCUCCUUCGACCCCAAAAGUUGCUGGAUGCGCGAGCUGCCGUUCGAGACCAGAAUCCGAAGCCAGAGGAGGCUGAGUUAGCCGCCAUAGAAAGGGAUGCGGUUGGACAAAUUGUCAAGACUCAACUUGAACUGGGCUUUAAAGGCGUAACAAGUGGAGAAUACAACCGCACUCGUUUCUGGGGCUUGUUCUGGGACGAACUCGAAGGCACUAUUCGUCUGCAAGACGCGGAGGCGAGUAUGUUUCGACUGUACCACCCAGAUGUGGUCAGUCUGAUUGAAAAGGACCGGAAGGUCAUGCCGGGUGAUUCAGUUAUUGCUGGAAGCAAAAUUCGUCACGCCGGCACUGAGUCGAAUUUGCACGAGCUGCGUUUGGUUCAAGCGUUUGUGCCCAAGGAGCAAUGGGGUAACAUCAAGCUUACCAUGAUCACGCCUGCGUGGUUCCACAUGAGGUAUAAGCAGGGCCGAGCAUACACUCCAGAAGCAUACCGGAAUGACGCCGAGUACUUCAAAGACGUGGCUAAAGCAUACCAACGAGAAUUAGAGGUAUUGUACGAAGCAGGGUUGAGGAACGUACAGUUUGAUGACCCUGGUCUGGCUUAUUUCUGCUCCCAGGUUUUCCGAGAUGGCUGGGCAAGCGAUCCGGACAACAUCGGCACCGUUGACGACCUACUCGACGCCUAUAUCGACCUGUACAACGAUUCGAUAUCCCGGUGCCCGGCAGAUAUGCAUACUGGAGUUCAUUUGUGCCGAGGGAAUUUCAUCGGCGGGAGACAUUUCGCCGAAGGAUCUUAUGAUAUUAUUGCACGCAAGCUAUUCCAAAAUCUUAACGUCAACACCUUCUACCUAGAAUACGACACGGAAAGAGCGGGAGGCUUUGAGCCUCUGAAAUUUCUGCCAAAGAACAAGAAUGUCAUCAUUGGCUGCAUUAGUACCAAGCUACGACAAUUGGAGGAUAAGCAGGAAAUGAAGAACAGAAUUUACAAGGCCGCCGACUUUGUGGCAGAAGGGUCCAAUCAGACGCGCGAAGAAGCCCUGAAGAGAAUUGGGAUCAGCCCGCAGUGCGGGUUCAGCACGCAUGAGAGCGGAUAUCCUCUGAGAGACGAAGACCAACGUGCAAAGCUGGCCUUGGUGCGCCAGAUUGCGGACGAAAUCUGGGGAGAGCCGUGA